AUGUCGGCUGUCGCAAUGUUAUGGCAGGCAGCAAUGGCGGAUCCUAGCUGCAGCCAUCUGCGAGCGGUGGUGGAGGAGAAAGAGGGGUCGCUAAAGGAGUACCUUGCCAGCAAGCGGGAUCGGCAACACCUGAUGGCGGGUCUCGACAAGGAACUUACCGGGGAAGUCACUUGGAAGCAGCUGUCUGCGCUGACUAAGGCGCGGAAAAGCAAGACGAUGGUAACCCCGCUUCGGCCCCCUUUGCGGCCCCUUUGCGGCCCCGCCGACACCUGCGGCCCCGCAGACACCUGCGGCCCUGCAGACACCUGCGGCCCCGCCGCCACCUACGACCCCGUCGUCACCUGCGGCCCCGCCCACCCUUGCGGCCCCGUCGCCCACUGCGGCCCCGUCGCCAUCUGCGGCCCCGCCCACCCUUGCGGCUCGCCGCCACCUAAGGCCCCGCUGCCACCUGCGGCCUCGCCGCCACCAGCGGCCCCGCCGCCCAGCGCCCGCAGCGCCAAGCAGCCGAACCGCCGGCCAGCUGAGCCGCCCGACCGCCUGAGCCGCCCAUCAACUCUCUUCGAGUAG